AUGGCAAGACAAAUUCCUCUGACGUGUAGCGGGCACACAAGACCGGUUGUACAUUUAUCUUUCUCUGAUAUAACGCCUUAUGGAUACUUUCUUAUUAGCGCGUGCAAAGGUAAGACGCCAUAUUUCUGUAUUUUUCACCGGCCGGCUUUCGCUCUAGUGACUUUUUGUCCCCAAAAAAUUCACCAUUAUAUGAAUUUAGUGGCCCUUUUUUGAGGAGACAUUUUAAAUAGACUAACUGAUAAGCAAAUGAGAUACAUUAGGUGUCGAGGAAAGAAAAAUGGCGCAAUGUUGUGAGGCAAGAGAAGUCAUGAUCAGGGGAAGUGAACUCGCUCGGUUCCGUUGUAGUUUCUUUGUUUAUACCACUACAUGAGAAAUUUCUGAAAUUUGAUUGGCUUAGAGCAGUGGUAUCUCAGCUUAAUUUGAAAUACCUACAUGUGAAAAUUACAACCUUUUUGCGGGUAGUGGUAUAAACAAAUAAUAACAUGAUUUGUAGUGAUAUUUGGCAUAAAUACCACUCGGGAUAUUUCAAAAUUGUCUCAAAUUUCACUCGCCUAACGGCUCGUGAAAUUACAUAUAACAAUUUCGAAAUAUCACUUGUGGUAUUUAUGCCAAAUAUCACUUCAAAUCAUGCUAUUACCUAUACUAACAUGCCGUAAACUAGAAAUACAUGUCUCGCAAACCCUCGCGAAACUCAGUGUGGAUAGCAACACUCAAGUUAAGCCAUGACCGGUGGGGUCCCGCCCCUGGGGGUGGGGUUAAGAACAGGAUCGGUGACCCGCUGUGAAUAUCCUGUGUUGUGAGCAAAAUGAUGGUGUUACAGGUUGUUUUGAUACAAAGUUGUUUCGAUACAAGUUUAUUCAGUGUAAAAAGUUUUAAGUCCUUGGCUUAAAGAAUGAAGAAUAUUCAUCUAAACUGUUUUUCGUGUUGACGCGGAAACUAUACUGGAAGGGAAUGAAAUUAGUGCACCAAGAAUAUUUAAUCCAUCGUGUGCGCAGCACAUGGAUUGAGCAUGAAUGUUAAUGACCUACACAAUCAGAUACCCCUGUUUGGUGUUAGCUUGUGUAGCAAGUGCUGCGAAGUAUUUGGGCUCAAGAAAGAAUGGGUGUGAGAGAGGGAGACACAUAAAGGGGAGGGGGAGUACCUGUCCGAGAGGCCAAUGAAAAUCAUUUCCCUCCCCAGUCCAAUAACUUGGCAGCUGCUGCAUGAUCUGGCAAAAAUUUUGACAGAAAACGAUUGACCUCGCACAAACGAAGCAUGGCAAAGCGUUGUACAUUUGUACCCUUGGUCUAAAUGUAUCUGUUAUAAAGAUCAGUGAGGUUAUCUGAUUAUAGAGCGAUGGAGAAAUAAAUCAAAGGGCAACACACAGUUUUAAAUCGUUUUUAACCCAAGGGACAAUAAAUACGAAAGAACCGAGUCAAAAAUGGGUGUUUCUCAAAGAAUGCAUGCUGUGUAUUAUAAAAAAGCUAAAUAUUGUUCUCUGAGAUUACAAAGUCACAACUGACAGACACUGAAGAUUACAGUAUACGUGGAAAAUGAUCAUUGCUUUUAUUGCGCAAAGUUGCAGCCAUUUCUGGAGCAGACAUGUCCUACUAAGUGGACCUAAACUUUAGAACACAAACUGUACUGAGACGUUUUUAUAGGGUGCAGUAACAAGACAUAAACAUCAGACAUCAGGUCACGCUCAAGCAAUACUAAUAAUAUCAGCAGUGAAAGGUUUUUCAAAUUCAUGCCUCUGGUAAGUGUUUCAUUUCAUCAGUCCUGUCCAGGUUUUGAUGGUAUGCGUUCCAUUGACAAUGCAAGCUGCCGAGUUCUUUUUUAGCAAAGAGUAAUUCCUCUAAUCUUCAUUUCAACGAUUCAACAGACUUUUGUCUGUUGCCACUUCUGACAAUGUGUAUUUGAUGUCAAAUCAUUCCUUUGUGAAUAACAUUUGAACACUCCAACUUUUCUUUUAGAUUUCAGCCACAUUGUCCCAUUUAACCAGAUUGGAGUGACCUCCAAGAUCUGAAAUUCAAUUAUACCAGUUAGUGGUGUAAUGUAAGACCUUCACUGCCUUGUCCAUGUACUACAUGUUUUUUACAAAUGAUCUUGUGUUUUCUUUGGUUGACCAUUUUCUCACCUAAUGGGACAACAUAUCCCCUCGGGAACCUCUCAACCAAUAGGAAAAUUCCACACCCUCAGAAAGUGAGCAGAAACGAUUUUCAUUGGCCUCUUGGACAGGUGCUUCCUCUCCCCUGGUGUGUCUCCCUCGUGCUUCCCGUUUUUUUCUUGCACCCACUACUUCCAAGCAACUGCUAUGAAGGCUAGGUUGGUGUCUGCAAUGACGUGACUCAGCACAAAUUUUGUCAGUUGUUAUUUUUAGGCAAUCAAGAAAUGCUUUUGGUGUAGAUGUCUUUUACAGACAACUUUGAAGUAAUUUGAAAAAUCAGCUUUAAAAUAAGAGUCAAAAAUGAGAUUAAAAAAAUUUUGUAUCAUGUCUAACUUUGCAAAAGAGUUUCCUUUU